CUUCCAACGGUCAUGAUUUCGAAAUUGGUACUCUGUGGCGUGAUCGCCGCCGUGGCAUCACUGCCCCAAAGCCCGUCUACGUCCUACGGGACUCCCAAUGUGGGAUCUGGAGGAGGAGGCUUCGGUGGCAGCGGGUUUGGAGGCUCCUCGGGAAGUGGGUUUGGAAGGGGGACCAGCGGAGGUUUCGGAGGAGCUGGCAGUGGCUUCGGAGGAGCUGGCAGUGGCUUCGGAGGAGCUGGCAGUGGCUUCGGAGGAGCUGGCAGUGGCUUCGGAGGAGCUGGCAGUGGCUUCGGAGGAGCUGGCAGUGGUUUUGGAGGAGCUGGUACUGGUUCCGGAAGAGGAGCUGGCACUGGUUUUGGAGGAUCCGGUAGCGGAUUCGGUGGUUCGUCCCGUGGCUCAUCAGGAGGAUCUAGAGGUUCAUCUGGAGUAGGUUUUGGAGGCUCUUCCGCAGGAGGAUUCGGAGGCAGCGGCGCUGGAGGCGCUGGAGCUGGAAGGUACAGCGGCUCCUCCGGGCCUGUGGUUCCCAUCCUCAGGGACGACCGUCAGGGACCCGAUGAGUUCGGAAACUACAACUUCAACUUCGAAACUGGCGACGGCAUCAGCCGACAGGAACAGGGCGCCCCUCAGGGACCAACUGGCGCCGUGGCCUCUCAAGGAGCAUGGUCGUUUACCUUCCCUGACGGCACUCCAGCUAACUUCAAUUUCGUUGCUGACGAGAACGGUUACCGUGUGGAGUCUGACCUGCUGCCCACCCCCCCCCCCCCGCACGCCAUCGCCCAGAUCGAAAAGGCUCGUCAGGAGGACGCCGCCGCUGCUGCUUCCGGUGGGCGAGGCGGUUACAGUGGCCAGUCAGGUUCCGGUUCUGGACAGUUCUCAGGAUCUGGCCAAUCAGGCUUUGGCUCCGGUCAGUUCUCAGGUGCUGGACGACCAGGUUCUGGAUCUGGACAGUUCUCAGGUGCUGGUCAAUCAGGCUUUGGCUCUGGCCAGUUCUCAGGUUCUGGCCAAUCAGGCUUUGGCUCCGGUCAGUUCUCAGGUGCUGGACGACCAGGUUCUGGCCAAUCAGGCUUUGGCUCUGGCCAGUUCUCAGGUGCUGGCCGACCAGGUUCUGGCCAAUCAGGCUUUAGCUCUGGCCAGCAGUUCACAGGCGCUGGCUCUUCCAAGCUCCAAGCAGGUCAUACGGUUACCCUUAAGCACACUUAGCCAAACGGCCGAAACGAGGACUUUGCUGUAAGAAUCCUAUACGUGAACUUUACCAAUGUUAUUCAGCCGACGACGGAUGCGAGUCCUGGAAGACAUUUUAUGGUGCCACGUUGUUACCUGAACAGUACGCUUAUAAUAUUAUAUUAAUAAACUUUCAUUAUGAUAA